UCUACAAGCUUUACACAUCUGCCAUUGUCCUGUUCUACUUAGCCGAACCUCUCAAGUGCCAUCAGAAUGGAUGAGUAGCAUUUAGAAACUGCCAUCUUCACAUCUGUCUACAGAUUUUCUAUAGUUUUUUUGGGCUGUGCUUUUGCUAGGCCGCUCGAGGACACCCACAGACUUGUCGCAAAUACACUCCAGUGUUUUUUUUGGUUGAAUGCUUCAGGUUGCAUGCUGAAAGAUGAUGCCCUAGUCUGAGCUUGGGUGCUCUCCGGUGCAGGUUAUUUAUUCAAGCACCUUUAUUUCAGUUUUCAUUUAUUACCUUGAAUUCUUCCUCCAAAUUCAAGUGUCCUUGUUCUUCCUGUUAAAAAGCCACCCAUAUAUCAUGAUGCUGUCAAUUACCAUUCUUCACUGUAGUCUGUGAUGAGCAGCAAAAGUUUUUUUUUUAACCAUUGUGUGACGUCAUACACACAGGUCUUUCUAAAUCACUUCCAGUCAACUGAAGUCAAACCAAGCAGGAUUGCAGCUCCAGAUCACUAAAAAUAAAUAAUAACAUUAAUCAAUAUUUUAACAAGUGUCUUUUAAAGCACACAGUGAAAGACAAUGAACUGCGUCAGAAUAAAGCAGGCCAUUGAUUGGUUAAACGCGGGGAGGAGCGUGUGUGUGUGUGUGUGCGCGCGCGCGCUCGCGUUUGUGUGUGUCUAUUAUUCAUUAUAAGACGCGGUUCAUCUUCAGCUCAUCCUACAUAGCGGAAAACUAGUGUGAGUGAAGCUGAUGGUGAUAGGUAGAAUCCUCACCUUUCACAAUGCACAUGAAUAAUCUGCUGAACCACUGGAAUAAAAUCACAGGGAUAUCUGAUGUGGGCAUGUCGGAGCCUGGUAGACCCACCCUCCUCAGUGAGUGUACAGAUACUUACUGCCAGGCCAAGCACCAGAGCUGCCUUGAUAUCUGUGCCUGCAAACUGCAUUUCUGGGAGGAUUUCAGCUCAGAGCUCAUAGGGAGUGGCUUCUUCUCUAAAGUCUACAAGGUGAUGCAUAACACCACAAUGAAGGUGAUGGUGGUAAAGGUUUAUAAGAAUGAUGUGGAUCAGGAAAGCAUCAUAAGGGAGAUGAGCCUCCUACAGAAACUCUCACACCCCAAUGUGGUGAGGUAUCUGGGGAUUUGUGUCAGAGAGAAUAAACUGCACCCGAUCCUCGAGUAUGUAAGCGGUGGCUGUCUGGAGGAGCUUUUGGCGAGCAGUGACAUCUCGCUCUGUUGGAGAGAAAAGGUUGAACUAGCCUGUGACAUCUGCAGAGGAAUGACGUACCUCCACUCCAGGAACAUCUACCAUAGAGACCUGAACUCCAAGAACUGUCUGAUCCGAGUGACCGCACAGGGCAGAGAGGCAGUGGUGACAGAUUUCGGUCUUGCCCGAGAGGUGGUGGAGCUUCCUGUUAGCAGUCCUGACAGAAAGAUGUCCUUGGUGGGUUCUGCGUUCUGGAUGGCCCCCGAGAUGCUGAGAGGGGAACCAUAUGGCCGCAAGGUGGAUGUUUUCUCCUUUGGCAUCAUGCUGUGUGAAAUUCUAGCUAGAAUUCCUGCUGACCCAGAAAUUUUGCCUAGAACACAGGACUUUGGUCUGGAUGUGGAGGCAUUCAGAGAUCUGGUACUGGGAUGUCCACAGAAAGUUCUGGAGCUCCCAGCCAACUGCUGUCAGAUGGACGCAUAUCGGCGGCCGUCAUUCACUGACCUACUGGAAAGGCUAGAGGAUGUUGCAGAGAAUCUGGAAUCUCCAGAUUGCCCUCUGACCUCAGGGUGACCGCUGCGAGUGAAGUGCCUGCUGCAUGCUUCAGUCUUUAUGCCUAAUUUUAUCUUUGAGGACUUGUGUGUUUAAGGAACUGGACCAAUUUUCACAUGGGACCUGUUACCAUACACCAUUCCUUAUGCAGUCUAUUCAGGGUUUACUGCAGGAGACUGGAAUUAAAGUGGCAGUGGACUAGUA